GGUGUAGUGGAGUGGUGUCGAGGUCAGCAGCAGCAGCCCAGCGGAACAGAAGCAGUGAAAUCUUGCUAACUCGCCAUAAUAAAGGAGGGCGACAGCCGACACGAACCAUCAAUUUCAGGUGAAGGAAAAAGUGCUCGCAGUGUUUUUGUACCGUCUGUUUGUCCGUUAGAUUACUCUUGGAAUCCCCAGAACCGUGUUGUGUAGAAACUCCCUUCGAUUGUCCGCCAAUUUAUCCGAUUCGGUGAGAUAAAUUUUGUUGUGAUUGUGAGAAAAAUUGUCCCGGUAGAGCAUACAAAAUGUGCGAGCAAUUGGCAAGAAUACAAGGAUGCAAUAUUCUGCUCAUCGGCGAAAACGACAGCCUGGUCAACAAAUAUGGCCACAGCGUUACCAUUUCUUGCGGUUACGAUCCGCAAGGAAUGAGCCUCCGGAUUAUUAAGGACGGUACUCAGCAGCAGUUGGAGGAAAUACCUGUCACUUCCAAGACGACCAACAUCAUCAAGGGCAAGACAUCACACAUCCUCGUCGUCAAUGGUGAGCUGAUCUACAUCCGGUUCCCCUCGAAGUCGGAAUGUCAGCUGUUCCGGCAGCUGCUGAAUAAACUGUCCGGACGGGUCAAUUCAGUAUUCAGUCUCCGGACGGAGGACUCAUCCGCAUCACAGUAUUUCCAAUUUUACGGCUAUUUGUCCCAGCAGCAAAAUAUGAUGCAGGAUUUCGUCCGGACCAGCACCUAUCAGAGAGCUAUUUACAGCAACUCACAGGACUUCCAUAACAAAAUUGUACUGGAUGUUGGAGCCGGAUCUGGUAUCCUCUCGUUCUUUGCUGUCCAUACCGGAGCAGCUAAGGUUUAUGCUGUGGAAGCAAGCAACAUGGCUCAAUACGCCCAGCAAUUGGUCCAUUCGAAUAAUCUGGACAACAAGAUCACGGUCAUUGCGGGAAAGAUUGAGGAGAUCGAACUGCCGGAAAUGGUCGAUGUCAUAAUUUCGGAACCAAUGGGCUACAUGCUUUACAACGAGCGAAUGUUGGAAACCUAUCUGCAUGGUAAGAAGUGGCUCAAGCCGGAUGGUAAAAUGUUCCCUUCGCGCGGUGAUCUACAUGUGGCGCCGUUUACCGACGAAGCUCUCUACAUGGAGCAGUAUAAUAAAGCGAAUUUCUGGAUGCAAACGGAAUUCCACGGCGUCAAUUUGGUGGCAUUGAGAGAUGCUGCUAUGAAGGAAUAUUUCCGUCAGCCUAUCGUCGAUACUUUCGACAUUCGCAUUUGCAUGGCCAAGUCUAUCAGGCACACUAGUAACUUUUUAACUGCCGACGAAAAGGAUUUGCAUCGCAUUCAAAUCGAUGUCGAAUUCCAUAUCCUUGAUACAGGAACUUGUCACGGCUUGGCAUUCUGGUUCGAUGUAGAAUUUGCUGGUUCGUGUUCGCAAAUUUGGCUGUCUACAGCUCCGACGGAAUCGCUUACUCAUUGGUAUCAAGUGCGUUGUCUAUUGCAAACGCCAAUUUUUGUCAAGCAAGGACAAGUGUUGUCUGGAAAAGUGGUUUUGGCAGCUAAUCAGAGACAAAGCUAUGACGUUGAAAUCGAUCUGAAGUUGGAAGGAACAAUGAUAACUUCCUCCAACACCCUUGAUCUUAAGAAUCCGUACUUCCGAUAUACUGGAGCCCCUGUUCCAGCCCCACCAGGUUCGAAUACAACUUCACCAAGUGAGGCCUACUGGGGACAAUUAGAUGCUCAAGGAGCUCGAAAUGCUGUUAAUCUCGUAAAUGGAAUCACCGUGAACGGCCUUGGAGAGGUGGACAUGUCAAUGAUAAAUACGAAUUUGAUGCCCAUCGGAAAUCAACCCAAUAUUCACCCGGGGUUGAUCUCGAGCACCGGCAGACAGCAGACGCAGCAACAACCCGUUCAGCAGCUUGCUUUGAAUCCUAACGUUGCCUGUGCCGCGACAUCUACGCAGAAUGUAGCCCAGCAGCAGCUGAUUGGUGGUGCAAUUUCUCCUUCUCUCUUUACAACACCGACUCAGCAAAUAAUCAACAGCCACCACACGCAACCCAUUCACGGUGGUCAGUUCUAUUAGAUAUCGCCAGCAUGCUUUCCAGGCACCAGAAAACAACAACCGAAACCCUCCCACAUACAAACAUACAAUCAAUCAAUCACACAUGCAUACACACACAUUCACGAACGCUUUAUCAUUGCCGUUUAAGUUCACAGCGCUACACUAAUUAAUUAAUUAUUUAAUUGUAUAAUCGUUUUAUUGAGAUUGACCGAACAGGAAGUGAACCGCGUCCUGUUGCACGAUAAGAUUAUAAUUGCAAGGUAGCAAGCUUUUAUUUUCAAAAGUUAAGUUCUCUUUUAAUGUCUACUUAGUUUGUAAUAGAGUUUCCAAUUAAAUAGUGUAUCCGAAGCAUCGUCCAACUAAAA